CUGUCCCUGCACCUGCACUGUGGGACUUACCGAGGGCAGCCCCACGUCACUGCUUGAUGCUGCAGGCUCCCAGGCAGGAAAGUACCUGCCAGGCACGGCCCCGUGCCGCUGGGGAGCUCAGGAUGGCGCAGCCCUGGGUCUCAGUGAAGCUGCUGUCAAGAGGUUAAAAACGGAACCAGGAUGUGUGCUCUUUGCCAGGCCCUGGGCUGGGGUGUCUGUUAAUUAGACCGUAGAGAGGGGGAGCUUGUGGACCUUUGGGGUCCCAGUUUCUUGAGCAUGAUGCUGUGCCAAGCUCAGCCAAGCCUGGGUCAGAGUUGGGGAUCGGGAGGGUCUGCGGAGCUACAGGAUCCUGUGCAGGGUGGUGCUGGGCCUCCUCCAGCUCUGCUCCCCAACCCGCUCCCCUCCCAGGAGAUGUGGGCACCCGCGUCUGGCUGGGCCUGCAGAUAAGCCCCGGGAUGCCGAAUCUGCUUCCUGCGAGCUGCUGCAGGCACCCGUGACCCUGGACAAGAGCCACGAUGGACGAUAUCUUCACGCAGUGCCGAGAGGGCAACGCGGUGGCUGUGCGCCUCUGGCUGGACAACACCGAGAACGACCUCAACCAGGGGGAUGACCACGGCUUCAGCCCCUUGCACUGGGCCUGCCGCGAGGGCCGCUCCAACGUGGUCGACAUGCUCAUAAUGCGGGGAGCACGCAUCAACGUCAUGAACCGCGGUGACGAUACCCCGCUGCACCUGGCUGCCAGCCAUGGCCACCGUGACAUCGUGCAGAAGCUGAUCCAGUUCAAAGCAGACAUCAAUGCUGUGAACGAGCAUGGGAACACGCCUCUGCACUAUGCCUGCUUCUGGGGCCAUGACCAGGUGGCAGAGGACCUGGUGGGCAACGGGGCCUUGGUCAGCAUUGCUAACAAAUAUGGUGAGACGCCCAUUGACAAAGCCAAGACACCACUGCGAGAGGUCUUGAAAGAGCGUGCUGAGAAGCUGGGCCAGACCCUCACCAAGAUCCCCUACAAGGAUACCUUCUGGAAGGGCACAACCCGCACGCGUCCCAGAAAUGGGACUCUCAACAAACUUGCUGGAAUAGACUUCAAACAGCUGAGCUUGAGCCAAAAACUCAAUGAGAACCAGUCAGGAGAGUUGUGGAAAGGGCGCUGGCAAGGCAAUGACAUUGUCAUCAAAAUGCUGAAAAUUCGGGACUGGACAACUCGGAAGAGCCGAGACUUCAACGAGGAAUACCCAAAGCUGCGGAUCUUUUCUCACCCCAACGUGCUACCGGUGCUGGGUGCCUGCCAGUCGCCCCCAGCACCCCACCCCAUUGUCAUCAGCCACUGGAUGCCCUAUGGCUCCCUCUACAACGUGUUACAUGAGGGGACAAACUUUGUGGUGGACCAGAUGCAGGCAGUGAAAUUUGCCUUUGACAUCGCACGGGGCAUGGCCUUCCUCCACACACUGGAGCCUCUCAUUCCACGCCACCACCUCAACAGCCGCAGCAUCAUGAUUGACGAGGACAUGACAGCACGGAUCAGCAUGGCCGAUGUGAAGUUCUCCUUCCAGUGCCCGGGGAGGAUGUACGCACCAGCCUGGGUGGCACCAGAAGCCCUGCAGAAGAAGCCAGAGGAAAUUAACAGGCGCUCGGCUGACAUGUGGAGCUUUGCAGUGCUGCUGUGGGAGCUGGUGACCCGUGAGGUGCCGUUCGCAGACUUGUCCAACAUGGAGAUAGGCAUGAAGGUGGCACUGGAGGGGCUGCGUCCAACCAUCCCACCUGGCAUAUCCCCACACAUCUGCAAGCUGAUGAAGAUCUGCAUGAACGAGGACCCAGCCAAGCGCCCCAAGUUUGACAUGAUUGUGCCCAUCCUGGAGAAGAUGCAGGAGAAGUAGAGGGAGGUGCCUCCCAGCCACCUGAUGCUGCCAUGCUUCCCUCCCCACCACCCCCAAGUGCCUUCUUUAACCCCAGAGCCAAGGGGGAGCAGGGAAAGCCCCCUCACCCUGAGCCAGCCACGGACACACGGUACAGACCAUGCUGCCUUCUCUGGAGCUGCUCUGCAGGCUUCAGACACUCUAGCACCAAAUCUACGGCAGCACCUCCAUCCUCCCUGGCAGCUACAGGCAGAGACUGAGCAGGAGGCCUGGCCCGCGACACUGAACACGGCUGGGCUCCUGCUACCUGUGAGGCUGGGACAGGGCUGCGGAGCCACCCUGUCCUCCUCGUCCCGAGGCCAGCUUACCCACUUAAGUCUCACAUUAGGCAAUGCCCAGUCCUGGUGCUCUUCCCCACUAAGGACAGUGGGGUGAAGCUUGCCUGUUGCGCCCAGCACUACCCCAGCUUCGCGCUUCACUCUUUAUCGUUUCCAUCCAGGCCAUGUGGAAAAGCCGCCAGCAUCUAAAAUAAACAUUUGUUAUGAAAACUG